AUGGCGUUUAGUCUUCGAUCGCGCGUGUUUCACCAUGUAUGGCUAUGGAUAGUCUGUGUGCUCUUCACUGUAGACGCCUUUUACGUGCCAGGAUACUCGAUACAGAGCUAUAAAAAAGACGAUAAUAUCCCUCUGCUUGUGAACAAGAUAUAUUCCGACAACACUCAGUUGCAGUACGCGUACUUCGAGCUCCCAUUCGUUUGCCCAGCCACUGGUAAACGACACCACGAUUCGAAAUGGACCAGCGGGCACAGUCUUUCUCUAAAUUUGGGCGAGGUUCUUCGUGGAGACAGAAUCAAGAACUCGGAUUUUGAGGUGAACAUGGGUCAAGAUGUGGAUUGUGCAUAUCUUUGCAGCAAGGUCGUUGAUGGACAUGACAUCAAAUGGGCUCAACAAUUGAUCGAGGACGGAUAUAUUACAGAAUGGAUCUUAGACAACCUUCCUGGAGCCACGUCUUUCGUCACCGUGGACAGAAAGCGUAAAUACUAUGCUGCUGGCUUCAAACUGGGCUACAAAGAUUAUGACAUGGUUACAGGAAAACCAGCUUACUACCUGUACAACCACUUUACUAUGGUUAUACGCUGGAGGAAAGCACCUGGUUCUGCUGGUGAGAAUGGUAAUAGAGUGGUCACAGGCUUUGAAGUCUACCCGAAAAGUGUUAACGGAGGCUCAAGAAACGAGACAGGAUGUUCAGACAACCUCGAUGAGAGACAGGAUCCCUUGCUUCUCAAUAUUCGACCCAACAACACCGAUCUCGCACAGCAGUAUCCAGACUCGUCAUAUGUACCGGAAGUCAAAGUCGACCUAAACCAAAUCUCAACGAAGAUCCCUUACACCUACUCGGUCUAUUUCAGAGAAGAACACGAGAUAGAAUGGGCGAACAGAUGGGACCUCUACUUUAGUGACCAGACUGAAAGCACCUCAACACAUUGGCUGGCUAUUGUCAAUUCCAUCAUCAUUUCGACCAUCCUCGGUGCAGUCUGCAUAAUCAUUUGGGUACGUACAACGAGUGGAGACACGAGAGUGCGAGGCGAUGGACUUCUCGAGGACGCCAGGUUCGCCAUAAGAAAACGAGUCGAUAACAAAAGCAGCGGCCUACUGGAAAAAGAGGGAGCGGUAUCUGCAGAGGACGAAGUUCCAGACGACGAACUUGUGGAUGAUGUGACGAGCUGGAAGCUACUACAUGCUGAUGUCUUUCGGCCGCCACCUUUCGCCGGGCUGCUUGCGCCAAUUAUCGGUUCUGGCUCUCAACUUGUCUUCAUGAUAGCAAGUCUCCUUGCUCUAAGCUGUUUGGGCGUGGUCAAUCCCAGCUGGAGAGGAGGUUUCGUUACCAUUGGCAUCUUCACUUUCUUCUUCGCAGGUGGACUUUCAGGCUACCUUUCAGCUCGUAUCUACAGGACCUUUGGCGGUACUGACUACCGUGUCAACACCCUUACAACAGCCUUACUGUUUCCUGGCCUUCUAUUCUCUCUGAUGUUCUUUCUCAACCUCUUCACGUGGGCACAAUCAUCAAGCACGGCAAUACCUUUCACGACCCUACUGGCUCUGGCCUUUCUGUUGAUGAUCGUUCAAUUACCAUUAGUAUACGUCGGCAGUUACUACGGCUUUUAUCGCACUGCACCUUAUUCCCAUCCGACUCGAACCUCUUCAACACCACGUCAUAUACCCAAGGAACCCCUAAAUGCUGCCUGGUAUACUCGCAACCACCUCCUGCUAUCCAUCCUCUCUGGAUUGGUCCCCUUUGCGGUUCUCUUCAUCGAAUUAAUGUUCGUCUUCAAAUCACUUUACCUCGACAAGUCGUCGUACUACUAUGUUUUUGGCUUUUUGUCGAUAAUCACGUUACUACUUGCCAUUACUAUUGGAGAAACUGUCAUAAUAACACUAUAUAUCCAGCUUUGUGCAGAGAACUACCACUGGUGGUGGACCUCCUUUCUCACUGGUGGUAGUUCUGCAUUUUGGAUCUUCGUCUAUCUGAACUGGUACUAUUGGACGACAUUGCACAUUGGUGGUCUUAUCAGCAGUUUGUUGUUCUUCAGCUAUGGGUUGUUGGCGUGCUUGGUGUAUGGACUUGCGACUGGCACUAUUGGCUUCCUUUGUGGUUACGCCUUUAUGAGGAAGAUCUACAGUGGUGUAAAAGUGGACUGA